AUGUCGUUCGGGGGCUUCCGUCAGCCAAAACGAGCACGCCAGGCGCAAGACAGCCUGGGCGUUGGCAACGCCUGCCAAUGCGCCGCCAGCCUCGCAGCAACAGGCGACGACGCGCUAUCCUCGUACGAAGCCGGGCUGGACCGCGCCACCGACGCCAUCCAGGAGGCGCUGGGGCUCGGCCACGGCGCCGAGGAGCCGGGAGCCUCGCGGUUGCGGCGCAUCUGCUCCUGCACGCCGGUCCUCCUCGAUUGCAGCGGCUGCUGCCUUUCCAACACCACCCUUUCCAAAACUGCUGUCGCUCAAGGCCAAGAAGAGUUGGAACCCAUGGCUCCUCUGGCACCACCCGACGCCCUCAAGAGCCUCGACUCUCUCAUCCACACAGCCUCUGCGCUGCUACUCCAACUCCAAGCCGCCCUCGUCGACGUCCAGAAAGAUGCCUCCAAGCCCCUACCGUCCGACGCGCCAGCGAAUCCCCCCGCCCCCCUCGACGCCCUCGCCCUCGCCCACGAUUCCGCGUCCCUGAUCCGCGCCCACAGCACCAAGCUCUCCCUGCUCAUCAUCAACGAACCCUUUACUCCCAGCGCCAUUUCCUCCGUCGUCCGCGACCUGCAUUCCGGUCCCGUGCCCGCAAUCACUUCGGCCGUUCAGGCGUGCAAUCCCGGACUGUAUAGCGCCACCGUGCGGCGGGAGCUGGCCCUGCAGUGUCGGCGCGUUCUCGCCGAGCUUCACGCGCUCUUGCAAAGGAUUCCUAAGGACGGCAAGGCAUUGGUCGCCAACACGGCCUCGGGCAAGGUCUCGGGCAAGGAGGGCAGCAUCCAGGUCACGGCGAUUCUCUGGUCGGCCUGCGACGACGUCAUCAAGUUGACGAAAAUGGGCGCCGGCGGCCUCUUUGCCGACAAGACGCGCCAGUGGGGCGAUAUGCUCAAGGAUAUCUUGGAGGAGCUCAAGGAAUGGGGCGAGGAAGAGCCCGAUGACGUCGGCGAAGACGACGACGACGUGGAUGACCUAGCAGACCAGCUGGGAGAGGCCCAAAUCUCUGCCCAGGACAUAAUCGAUGGCCUGAUGAACUCGCAUCACUCCAUCCCGCGAGACGAUCCCCAUGGCAUCCGUCCUCGCCUGGAAUCCACCCUCAAGCGCCUCCGCCUCGUCACCCUCCUUUACGGCGCCGCCCGCGUCCGCCGUUUCAGCAAGCUCCCCUCCCCGCCAUCCACCACGGCUCAGUCCAGCGUGCCGUCCCGGCUCGACCAGCUGGCACGGGUCCUCGAGAAGCUCCCGGAACGGUUCGAGGACCUGGCCGGUGCCUUUUACGAGCUGCAGCCCGCCGACAUUGACACGGCCAUGGACCAGUGCUUUCGCGAUGCGCUCGCCGCGAGCGAGCUGUUGGCCAGCGACUGGGAUGGCGCGGAUGAUGCAUUCACGCAGUGGAUCCAAAGGUUCCAGACGGAAAUCAAGUCAGAUAGGUGA